AUGCAGGAUCUCGGACUUGUGAUUGGGGGGUGGACCGAUGCUAGGUCCUCUGAAGCCGAGGAGGAAGUCAGGAACAUGUUCAAGGCAGCGGGACAUUUGGAUCAGCUCGACACUGUUUCAGGACCCUCGGGCAGGACGAACUUCCUAAGGGUUUCUCUUGUGUUCAAACAGGAUUCCUCUCUUUCCCAGAAACGACAGGUACAGAAAGACAUCCUGGAGCGCCUGAAAGGGCUUAAGUGUACGAGUGGGAUAGAAGUUCUAGAAGGCCAAAACGGGGAAAAGAAGUGGGUACAGCGGGACCGUCCGCUCGAUGAAAGGCUGCGCAUACGUGCUAUUGUGCUAACUAAGAACUUCUACAACAAGAUCCCCCCGUUGCCAGGGAGGCCUCCUCUGCCGGCGCCCGAGCUGGUCUGGAGAGGUCAAGUUUUCCUAGGACAGACGAAGAUGCUCCGUUCCAUGGACGACGGACAUGAACCUGUCCCCACUGACCAGAUAAUCGAAGACAACAGGGGCAACCAUACCAUAUGGUUCCUGUCAUCGCAGGCCUACGAAACCGCGACGGGGAGGCCUAAGGAAACGCUCCAGCAAGCCACUGUGAAAGCCUUCGGCCCGGGGCCCGGAUGCGAGGGCAAGAGUCUCGAUGAUCUUGCCCUGAUAUGGGACUUGGCUGGACUCUCGGGCACGCAGCUCAUAGCCCUACAGGAGCUAGGCGGCUUGCCCUGCAAGUGCGCCACGCAUGACACCAUCCUGCACCACGAAAUUUACCUUGCUGGGCGAAGUUUCACCUUUUUCUAUUGUGACCCUUCUCACUCCUUCCGAGGCAGCGCAAUUGGGCUCCCCACGGAAUGGCUUGGGAGAGUGGAGCGUAAGGCGACUUUCAGUACAGGGUUGGGCCUGGUCCUCAAGCACCAGGGGGUUAGGCAGUUCGUGAUGAGUGCCCACCUUCCCCACGACCUCCGAAAGGACUGUCUUCAUGUCUGGCAAAGUCAGGUAGAAGAAAUUUUGCAGUUUUGUGCGCCACGCCGGUAUCAUGACCUCGUCUGUGUCUGUGCGGAUCUGAAUUAUGACAUUUUGGACAUUGUUUCAGUGGAUGAGCGAGGAGUGCCCUUUGGCCAGCUCCUUCGUGACCUAGGCCUCUCACACAGUACUCCCCAUUCUGCCACUUGGAGAAACUCCAGAGGAUCGGAAUCUCGUCUGGAUUUCCUCUUGUUCUCCCUCCCCUCCAUGGUGAAGUCCGAUGACGGUGUUCACCCUAGGCACGGAUCACUGUGCUGUAAGCAUUUCCUUAAACUCGCCGAGUCCCUUGACCUUUCCAUGAAGGAUCUCAGCAUGGCUGACAUUGAACUUGCCUGCCAGCAGACUUCACGAAGGAUCACCAGCUGCAGGUACAAGGACGGUCCGGAAAUUCUGGACAUGAUUAAGCGACGCAAGGCCCUCAGAGGAGCCGAUGCCAGGACUCUGGCAAAGGAUAUUGCUGAUGCGCGCCGGGAGGCCAAGAGGGUCUGGCUCACGUCCCUACUCGAGCGCGGUGCGGAAGGUGACUUCCGAGCGCUCACCUAUUUCCGUAAGCGCAACUCCGCGGCCUACACACAUGGGUCCUACUGCAUGAGGGCUGGAGGCAGUGUGAAGGCUAUAGCGGACCUCAGAAUGUUCUACCACAAGAAAUUCAUGAGUGCUGACUCCAAUCCGCGGGGUCUAGCCAUGGCCAUCUUCCGACAUCGUGGUGGAGCCAUUACCAAUCCACAGCCCUUCACCUUGCAAGAACUUCAGGACAUUGCUUUCAUGUGCAAGCACAACAAAAGCACGGGGGCUGAUGGGAUCUCUUACGAAGCCGUUCAGCUUCUCUUGCAGACCAGUUUGGGAGCAAAUUUUGAGCUGUUCAAUGACGUCUUGUUGGGGCUGAGACCGGUUCCUGACUCAUGGCUGAGCAACCACGUCACCUUUCUUCCGAAGACGCCAUCUCCCUGCUGUCCGGGCGACCUUCGCCCGAUAGUCCUCUCCCCUACAGUGGCUAAGGUCACGCCAGGGUUAGAUUCCGUGUGUGCCGUCCAACACGCGAUAAAGCUCGCCGAUCAGUAUCGAAAACCAUUGUUUGUGAUCAAACUAGAUAUUUCGGCCGCGUUCGAUUCCCUAUCGCAUGAAGCUUUAGCUGCCUUCCUCAGUCAGGCGACGGGAUGCCGCGAAGCGGAGCUCUUGCUCCAGAUAAUAGUGUCCACAAAGGUGGUGCUGGGGAUGCAAGGCACCUCCUGGGAGCAACCCCUCUCCCAGGGGGUGCUCCAAGGAAGUAGUUAUUCCGCGGAACUCUUCGCACGUUGCGUGGACUUUUAUCUCGCCAAAACGAGCGAGGGAUGGCAGGACCAUGAAGAUACCUGGCUGCGCACGGCUCAGAACCGCAAGCUUUUCCUGACCCCCUUCGCAGAUGACCUGGUGCUUCUUGGGUCCACCAGAGAGCAGGCACAGCGGCUUCUCCGCGAUGCAAAGGUUGGUAUGUCCCAGAGGUUGCGAGUUUUUAAUUGCUUCGUCACGUCCAGGUGGAGGUGGCUUAGUCCGGCCUUUCGGCCUCUGAAGUCUGUUCGUGACUUCUUGAAAACGACUCACACCACUUUUCUCACUUCCAUUACGGGGUUCACGCGCGAUCCAUUUCAGUGCGCGACUGAGUCUUGGACUGCAAGACGGCGGGCGAGCCGCUUGACGGCGCAGCAAGCUGGACACUACAGAUGGGAAGCCACCCAUGCCAAGAGUUUCCUAGCCUACUGGGGCCAUGCUGCCCGUUACGCCAGUGAUGCCUGCGUGCCGGUAGUCCUAGCAUUCCGCAUCCGGGACCCAGAAUGGCUUUUUGCGAAUGCGCACCUUUUCCCAAGAGCUAAACCCGGCAGGUGCCCUGAUAUUAGCCGCUUUCUGCAGUUAGCUUGGGAGGCUUUCUUGCUCAGCAGGGGUGUUCAUGCUGUGACGUCCUGGAUUCAGGGUGCAGCGGACAGAGCGACAUGGAAGGACUUCUCUGUGGCGUGGGCCACGCAACAUGACUGCCUUGAGUCCCAGUUCUAUUCAGGACCCCCUGAGCAGGUCGACCUUUGUGGCAGACAGUUGUUGCAGAACGGGGAUUUCUACUCGCUUCUCCCGAUUAGGCACGUUCCAGUCGAGGCACCCUACUCCACCUCCUUCCUGAGGCUUGACCACGGAACCGAAUCUCAGGCCCUUGAGGAAGUGGCCACGGAGCACCUUUUCCGAGUCUUUUCGGACGGCAGUGCUUCUCAAAACCGAGGCACCCCGGGUUGCGGCGGGGCCGCUGUCGUUUUGCUGCCUCCGUACCAAACCAUAGAGAAUGCGGUGGUGAGCUACUUUAAACUCCCAGCCCCGUGUACCAAUAUCGAGGCCGAGCUGCGAGCUGCUUGUCACGCCAUGCAGAUGAUCGAAACCUUGCUGUCUUUUCACCCGCAACUACAGGUGACCUACUGUAGCGACAGUCAAUACGUGUUGCAACUACUUGACGGGGCAUUCCAGGGGACGCAUCAUGCUUCGGUCACGAACGAACUCCUCUGCAGGUGGAGUAAGAUCUGCUUGCAGGUUGAGGCAUCGCACGUCCGUGCACACAGGGGCAUUUUGCUGAAUGAGGUGGCUGAUCAUUUCGCCAAGAUUGCUGCAGCCCAGGGUCAUUUCGCCAAAACCUACCGCACAUUGUCGUCGUCGCAUGCUCGCAUCACUUCACAGGCUGAUCGUGCCUUUUGCUUGCAGAAUUUUGUGUCGAUACACUUUGUGAUUGCGCAUCCACUCUCACUCCGAUCUCUCUUCGUGAUGGUGGAAGCCUUGACCGCGCUUGGAUUCCUCGUCGGAGUCCUCUGUGGACUCUGCGGUAUGGUCCUCUUUGGGCUUUUGCAGCAGCAGCAGCGAACCCCGCAGACCUUGCCUGCGACGGUCGCCACUACCGAGACGCCGGAGGCGGCAGUUUCCGCGCCUAUGCUGGCUACGACAACGGCCUCACCCUCGCCACCACCAGGGCUUCCGGAUCCGUCCGAUUCGGUGUUACCCGACUUGCUGUGCGACUCGGCUCCGACCAAGCCGACCGACCCUGCUACGGUGAAGGUGGCGAGCCCGCGAGACACCAGUGCUCAGUUGGCUCCGGAUGCAUCUACUACGUCUUGUGCCCCGGUGAGCCCAGCCGUCACCGAGGAUGCCUUCGAGAACCUCAAGCUUUGGAUGGGAAGCGAACUUACCCAACAUGUACUGCAGCCCCUCCGCAAGCUGCAGGCUGGACACAGUGAGAUCUUGAAAAGCUUUCACGAGAUCCUCGAAGACAAAACCAAGAUGGACACCCUCCUGGGCAAGCUUGUGGAGCUCCAAUCCGCCCUGGAGCGCAGCCCGGCGCCACAGGUGGAUGCGCUGCAGUCCAAGGUCGACCGCUUGCAGUCCGACCUGGACAAGGUCGACGAGCUCAGUGAUCUGGCGGGGCGCCGACGCGCCUACCUCGAGACAGCCACGGAUGGUACCCAGGACCAGUUGAGAGGGGUCAUGCGCGAGCUCCAGGCCAUGGCUGCGAGUCUCAAAGACCACCGGCAGGCGAUGAAGGAUGCCACGACGGAGACAUCGCGGCGUCACAUGGAAAUACUCAAAGAACUUUCGACUCUCAGCUCGAAAGUGCACAACGGGUUUGCUGGCCUGUCGGGCAUAGGCAGGUCCGCCAUGGCGGCAGCACAGGAGAGCAAGGACGUGGCCGAAAGGGGCCUCGAGAUCAGCGAGAAGACCUUGGCGGCUGUCAGGAUCGCGGGUCCCAGCCCGUCAGAGACCCCCUUGCUCGAGAAGGUGGGCGACACGCAGACUGUGCUUGAUGAGGUGAAGCACAGUCUCACUGCUUUGGAAGCCUCUCUGGAGGCACUUCGCGCUCAUGUGGCCAGUCCCCCGGCUCCUCCGCCGCCAUAUCAACCGCAGAUGGUGACUCAGACCACCGUGCCGCCGCCACCGCAGCACGCACCGAACCUCGUGCACUUGACGCCGGCGGGUGGUGGUGGAUGGCAAGGCCCAGGGCCGACGGCCACACUGAUGGUGGGGAAUCCCCAACACCUACUGAGGGCUCUUGCUGGGCAAGGUCAACUGAGAGCCUGGACUCACAGCCGUGAGUUCCUUUUGGACUGUCCUCUGCCUUUGCACUGCCUUUGGAACACGUCCCUGACGUUGCUCCUCGACUCCGUGCUCACGGAGGAACCCUUCGAGUUCGAGCCGUACCACGAGGCGAUUCGAGGUCCCGAGCUGGACUUGUACAGAUGGGGGAACAGCUUCUUCCGGCCGAUGAUCAAGUGGCGCCACGCUCAUGUCGAGGGCCGGGACCAUCUUGAGUCCAUUCGUCAAACCAUUGCGAAAGGGGACAAUGUUGUGAUGCUUGCAAACCACCAGACCGAGGCAGACCCGCAGGUGCUAUCUCUACUACUGGAGCGAGAAGGUUGCGAAGAAGUGGCAGAAAAGUGCAUCUUUGUCGCUGGGCACAAGGUGACAACCGAUCGACUGGCGAUCCCCUUCAGCAAGGGCCGGUAUUUGCUGUCAAUCUACUCGAAGAAGUAUCUGGACGAGGGAACAGAGGAGGAGCGCGAAGCCAAGGCCGAGCGCAACAAGAAGACAGUUUCGGAGAUGCAGCGCUUGAUGAAGGAGGGAGGCCACAUCUUCUGGGUGGCACCGUCAGGUGGCCGCGACCGCAGGCGACCGGAGACGGAUCGAUUCGGCCCCGCGAAGUUCGACCAGGCAUCUGUGGGUCUGUUCCUGCUCCUGGCUCAGAAGGCCGGUCGUGGUGGAGGUCCCAAAACCCAUUUCUUCCCUUUGGCAAUGUGGACCCACAGGCUAGUGCCUCCGCCGGAAGAUGCCAAAGCUGGAGUUGGAGAGGCACGGAGUGCAGCGAGGGCUCCGGUGGGACUGGCGUUUGGAGAGGCAAUGGAUGCAGAACAGCUUGGCGGCCGCAAAAAGUUUCCCCCAGCCGUGGAGAAGCGUGUCAACGAGCUGUAUGACUCUCUGGAUUCUCGGAUGCCAUGA